GCGACUCAUCGUGAAUCUGGUAUGUCGCGGCAGACAAGUCCGGUUCUGCACCUUUCAACUGUAGAUCACGAAUCGGGUUUCGGCAACAAAUCAUCAAACAAUGCAUGUCGCACUCACAAUUUUGAUUUUUGGUGGGAGCUCCGCCAUGAGGUUGGCCUCGAGAACGAAGAACUGAGUUGAAGGAGAACAAAAGAAAGUGGAAAAUCGGUAGCAAAUGGCAAUUAUCCUGAACCGCCGCAUAUGGGAUAUGGACCGACAUAAGCGCCCUGCAUUGUUCUCUUCCUCCCUCCGCCAUCCAAAAGUUAGGACAAAGCCGCCAAAUCCGGUAUUCUUCGACCCUCACAUUCACGAAUUACAAUGGAGCAUUCGUUGGAUGCUUUGGCCUUAAAUACGAGGGCCAUGAUUUAGCAUUUGACCUUGUUUCAGCUCCGGACGCCACUCGAUACCCAUUUACUUCUCUUGGAAUUGUUAUAAGGCAGGCCUUUGGUACCCUGGUGGACCAUCCCGUACCUACACUUCUCUAAUUGUCUUGCUUAUCUCUGCAUACCCUCUUCCCAUAUAAAUACCCUCAGCUUGUGUCAUGGAGUAUCCUACCUCUCCCCGUCGCCCUUCUCUCCCGUCCCUUCAGACACUCUGUCUUCCAAUCCCUUCACGAGUGCCUGCUAAGUCAGACUCCUUACCUCCUCUUAACGCUAGAGACAACUUUAAGCUGUCUACUUUCGAAGAUCUUACGCGUCGUCAGCCAAUGCGUCAACUCUCCGCGUCGUCUUCGAUGACUACGAUAUCCUCACGUUCUCCGUCAUUUUCACGAUCACCUUCCCCUUCCGACGACGACAAUGACAUGUCCCCGAUCACACCACCCAAACACCCACAUCUUCCAUGCACAAAAUUCACCCUCGUACAAUCAUCCUUUGACGAGGCAGAUGCCUUCGUUCUAGUCCCACCCCCUUCCGAUGGCAAGUCUUCACGAGGCUACCUGCUUGUUGGUCCAACAGCAGAGAAGUUGCGUCGGAAUAGGGAAACGGCUCGCUCUAAUGGUGCACGCAUUCAUCCUUAUCGCAUGGUUCCCGGACAUACAGCAAGCCGACGAGCGUCGCUUGCGUCCACGCUAUCUCAAGACGCCUAACACUCAUACACGAGUGCAAUGAAUCCUUGUAUAACACAUGGACACAACACAUUCCUCAUACCCCAUUGUUUCAAUAGCACGGUUAACUCUGUAUCAGUAGUCUUUGGGUUUAGGAUUUGGGGGCCCUUAGAUAUUUGUUUGUAUCCUAGUUGUAUACCUACAGUCAUUGUAAUGAAUGCUUUUGAAUUUCCUGACGUUUACCAUUGUUCGA